AUGUACUGUCCAAAGCACAAGUCCGGGCAAUGCCUAGAGUACUACGCCAUCCGAGUCUACGUGGGCCAAAUCAAUGCAAUUACAGGCAAGAAUAUGAUGGAGGAAAGAGGCACCCAGGAUGAACAAGACUACAUUAUCUUUCCAGGGCAGCCUUGGAUCGACGGCAUUUGCGUAGCCCCUGGCGUCGUGAGACAGUUUGUUGCCAUGCCCUUGGGCUCUGGGUACACCGUUGAAGGCCAACAAACCGGCAAAGAAAAGCACGGAGGCCUUCAGAUCGAAAUCAUCCCAGCAUACCGAAGAAGAUCACAAUAUUGGCUUUCUGAAACAGAAGGUGAAGCUCUCCAGGAUCCUCGUCUAUGUCUUGACGAAUAUCUAUAUCUCGACGAAUUAAUGACUCCAGAUGAGCUUGGGCUGGAAGCUGGGGCUAAGGUUCGACUAUACCUUUCGCCACCCAGCUAUGGCAGACUGGUAGAGGUCGGUGAUUUGAUCCUGGAGAAAGAGGAUUCUUGCAUUGGUGUUGCACAUCUUGAGGUGAGGCUCCAUGUAUAA